AUGAACGACAUUACGAAUAACAAAGCUUCUGAGGAAGGGCAGGCCUUUCUUUCCAGUGAUCGAGGCAGCGAGGAUGCAUUAUGGCAGAAGCGGACCGAGAAGCGCGGGAUCUCGUGGUAUCUGCGGCUCUUUCUAGAAAUCGCCAUGGCCGCCACGAUCGUUGGUCUAUUAGUCUGGAACUCAUAUCUAGGAAGAGACACCAUCAAAAGGACUCCGGUGCCACGGCUCCCACGCAAGCUCUACACUUUUCAAGGCAACUCAACGCUCAUGCACGAUAAAAUGUUCUUCAACAAAACAGAUACGCUACAUACUCUUCACAACUGGAUUCCUCUAAGCUCAGCGAGCCGUGGGUACAUAGUUGUCAAGGAUGCGCACCGAUACGACCUCCCGAAUCCCUAUACCAUCGCAGUCGACCGCUAUAAAGAUGGGCCAGGAUAUAUGAUGACAGUCUUCCAUCAGCUGCAUUGCUUGUCAUACCUUGUGGAACAUUACCAAGAAGGCUACGAUGGUGUCAAAUUAACCGAGGAAGUUGCCCACCACACGGCGCAUUGCUUCAAUUAUAUCCGCCAGGGCCUCAUGUGCUCGGCUGAUGUUACCUUGGAGGGUAAAACAGAUGCAGGCCCUGGAGAGGGAUCGGAGCAUGAGUGCGUAGAUUACGAUGCUCUGUUGGAGUGGGCCAAUAAUCAUUCCGCAAUGAAAUGGCGUAACGUUCCGGAUGAAGCGACGCUUUGA